AUGUCUUCUUGCUAUAAUUGGUACAAUGCCUGGAUAAUAUCGCUGACAUAUUUUACCCUGGCUUGCUUCUCGAAUCCCAUAUCAUUCUCUCCCCUCAGCCUACUGCAUCCCAAUGGUAUCGCCAGCGACGUCAAUCUCCGCAUCCUCCCACUCGGCGACUCUAUAACCUAUGGUCAAGGGAGCAGUGAUGGAAACGGCUAUCGUCUCCGGCUUCACACUCUCCUCUCCCCAAGGCAUAAUGUGGAAUACAUAGGCCAAGAGCGAGACGGCUCCAUGAACAAUAACCACCAUGAGGGCCACAAGGGCUUCCCCAUAGGCCCAGUUGGCAUCACUGGCAAGCGAAACUACGCCGACCGCCCCAACAUCGUCCUUCUAAUGGCCGGAACAAACGAUGUGGUAUUCCAGAUGAAUCUCGAAAAUGCGCCGAACGUGUUGGGCCAGGUUAUUGAUGAGAUCUUGGCCGCGUGUCCAGACGCUGUCGUCCUCGUUGCAACGCUGACGCCACUGCUAGAUGCAAAUCGUGAAGCGAGAAAGGUCGCAUUCAACGCGGCGUUGCCGGACAUGAUUGACCAGCGGACGAAGAUGGGGAAGCAUGUGCUUCUCGUGGAUAUGAGUAGGGUUACGAAAGAACAUAUCAAUGCAACUGAUGGGAUUCAUCCGACGGAGGGGGGGUAUCAGUUGAUCGCCGGUGCUUGGUAUGAUGGGAUUGUUGCAGUGGGUAAAAAGGGAUGGAUUGGAGCGCCCAUUACACCUCCUGUGGAAGGUGAUGUUGCUGAGGAUGGUGAACCUCCUAUGGGGACGGCACCUGUUGAUGCUAGGUUUGAGACUUCGUCGCAGCUGCUUUGGGUUGUGGCUGGAGUGUUUGUAGUUGGUUUUGCUAUUCAGAGAGUGCUUCGCUCCUCUCGUUGGAAGAGGAGGUAUGACUGGCCCUUGAGCUGA